UACUUCACUGAACACCUUGUUACAACCCAACAAGAAACAAUACGGUGGAAGUCCCUGUAGGCUUAUUACGCAGCGAAGAUAAUGUCGGCUAUCGAUAAACCUCCUGCUUAUCCCCAACAGCCAGCCUAUACUCCACAGCAGCCGGGCUAUCCUCCUCAGCAGCCGGGCUAUCCUCCUCAACAAGGAUACAGCACAACUACCACAAUCGUUCAGCAACCAACAGUGGUGAUUGCACAGUCUCCAUUCCUCGAGAAUCCAGUAUCGACGCAAUGUCCUAUGUGUAAAGCUAGUAUAAUAACUGGUACUCAUUAUGUGACGGGGACUUUAACAUGGCUAGCUUGUUUUGGGCUUUGCAUCGUWGGAUGUGAUCUUGGCUGCUGCUUCAUUCCAUUUUGUAUUGAYUCACUCAAGGACGUCAUCCAUACUUGCCCCAAUUGUCAGGCACAGGUUGGCGUUUACAGACGAAUGUAGGGAGAACUGUCAUCUAAAGGCGAAAAAGACACUUAAAUGUAAAUAAUUCCAUAGACUUCCGUUGUGGUGGAUAUUUUCGGCAGCUUUAGAGGCGGUUUUUAAUAAUGCCAAAGAAAAAAGACUUUGCACUAGAAUCAUUGAAUGGCACGUCCUUCUAUCAUUACAAUAACCGCCGGCAGCAAAAGAAAAAAAAACAACAACAUUUUUUUUACUUUUCAAGGGUUUUAAUCGUAAAGUUGUAGUUAAAUAGCCAGUACAAAACAUGCUUUUUUGUGCGCCAUUAUAACACAUUUCGUUUGCUUCAUUAUCAAGUGUAUUCAUGUAAUGUUUUGUUCAUUUUUAUAUAACUCUAGACUGAAUCUUCUCUGCCAGUCUCUUGUUCCCGACGCGAGAGAUGGUUUGUAUUAGUGUAUUCAUCGGAAACUACAACAAGCGAGACUCUUCUGGCAGGGAAGAUUGAAUCAUUGUUACCAAGAGAAAAUGAGUUAGCUCUUUUCUCUUGUUGUUACAUAUACACCAACCAAAUUCUAAAACAAAAGCAACCUCAAUAAUUCAAAAUGAACGCACUUAACCUGUUAAAGUUUUACUCAUAUGACCUCGUUGUACUAUUCUGCAAUUUAAAGGACGUUCCGCUUCACUUACAGAUUUAGUACAAAUUGUAGCUCAUUUUGAUUGUGUACAACGAAUUAAAUGCGUUCACUCAACUAUAAGUCAUAAUUAGUAAAUAGCUAUUCCAAAAAACUGCGAGCACUGAAUACUGAGGCACUGAAUACUGUAUCUUCCAAGACCAAAAAGCUGAAAAGGAAUUUUAGUAUUGCAAAAAACCUAUUGAUCAUUUUCGAUGAGAUUCAAAAGAUCGGCGGCCAUGUUGGAUGAAUGAACAAUAGACUACUAACGAUGAAGAAAUUCUUUGUUGAAGUUCAUCCAAGAUGACCGCUUUGAUGUAUAUUGAAAACGAAGAAUACUGAGUUGGAAUAACCAUUUUUCAACCGCAUUUAUCUGCGGCUAAAAGGAGUGAAACCGCGUCAACGGCGAACGUAGUUAAAAAAAUUAUUUAGACAUCUUUGCGUUGUCUUUGCGUUAGUAGACAGUACUCAGAGUUUUUUGAAAAAGCCGUGUGUACACAGAUCACAUAUUUUUCUAUAAAUUCAGAARAUUUACUGCACAUAUUACAAAUAAAUAAAAGUCUAGUGGCCCGAAUCGUCGCGAUUGCAUGAAUGAAACUCGUUUUCAACGUUAUUAAUUAAAUCCGUCGAGAAAAUGAGAAGAAUGCGUUUGGGGCGAUUUGGACGAUAAUAGAACACUAGGCAUAAGUAGUCAUUAAAUUAGAAUGACACCCACAGCAUUCUAGAACAUUUAAUCAGUUAAACAGAUGUACAAAUAAAAGCAUUCUUGGAACGCAAGUUCUUCUUUUAGAAA